AUGAAACUCCUAACCACCAACUUCCUCACCUGCGCCGUCAAAGCGUGCAAGUCCUCGUCCUCGUCCUUCCCUUUACAUUUCCGCGACGCCACGCUAGAACGCACCGACAUAGACUUCAACCCCCUCUUCAUCCGCAACAUCCUACCCCGCGUGAACUGGGAAGCCUUGACCACGACGGUCGCGGAACUAGGUGUGGCGAGCAUGCUCCCCGAUCGGAAUCCACUUGACGACGACAACGACAACAACGCGGAACAGGCGGAGGGAACGGGGAUGGACGUCGAUAAAGAGGUCGAGGUCGACGAGGAGGUGCUGAGAAAACUGCAUGCUCUGCUGCUGGAGACGGGCGUCGUGGAGGGCAAACUCGUCUGCGGGAACUGCGGGUUCGAAUACCCUAUUAAAGAAGGGGUGGCUAAUUUCUUGUUACCGGCGCACUUGGUGUGA